AUGGCUCGUUGUAUCAAUGUUGCAUGUUUAUUCUGUACUCUAUGUGUAUUUAUUGGUUUGGCUAGUCUUAUACAACUUUGUUUGGGCAUUUACUUAACUUUUAUUCAUACUGAUACAGCUAUAAUCAAUCGUCUUGUUAAAACAGAUCAAUUUGAUUCAUAUCUGCUUUAUAUUCUAUUUGUGUUUAUUGGCUUAGGUUCGAUUUCUUUGAUAUUAUCUUUCUUUUCUAUUUAUAGUACUAUUCGAAGACUUAAAUCUCUAUCAUUAUUUGUUGCUGUUUUAUGGAUAUUUGCAGCAGCACUUAAUAUUGUUAUGCUUAUUGUGUCAUUUCUCUAUUACUUUGCCAUUCUUCCAGAAUUACGUCUUUUACUUAUACGUACACUUCAACAAACACCAUUAUCAACAUCAUAUUUAAUCGAUUCUCUUCAAUCGAAAUAUAAAUGUUGUGGAAUUAGUGGUAAAGAUGAUUACAAUAAUGUUCCAUUAGAUCCACUUCCUUCGUCAUGUUGUCAUGUACCAAAUUGUUGGCGUGACCAAGAUAUUAAUGAUCAUAAUGGGUCAAAUAGUACAAUAUCAUUGAUGCAUGCGAAAGGUUGUUAUCCAAUUAUUGAUAAAUAUGUUACAAUAGAAUUAUUUAUACUUAUGGGUAUAGCUAGUUUUUGUGCUUUAUUACAAGCAUUAGCUAUUAUAUUGAUGUGUACUUUAUAUCAACGUUAUAAAAAUUUUGAUGAUGAUCCAAAAUUUGUUAUUAAUCAUCUUGCUAGUGGAAAAUCAAUGAAUAAUAGCAAUGAUAAUAUGCAAGGUUCAUCAAAAACUAUUGAAGAAACAGUUGAAAUAACUCAAAUUUAA